AUAUCAUUCUCUCCCUGCUCCAUUUAGUCUACCAUUUUACUCCGUCUGUCUCUCUACCGUCACCUUCAUCUUACAUAAUUCCCUUUCUCAUCACAUUCCACCUAACAUACUCCACUCAGUCCGCCAUUCCCCUGCAUCUAACUUUACCGCACAUUUUUUCCCCCUCCCCUCACUUUCCUUCCAACUUCCUCGCCCCUCAUUUACAAUCUUCAUCGUGUCACCAACUUACAUAUCCAGACUUCCAACCGCCUGACUCGUACUCGCGUUGCGUUCCAGACUCUUCUAUUCACCCGUUUAUAUUAUUACAUUAGUUAUAAGAAAAAAAUAUUGAUCCGCUAAAUCCAUUCAGCAGUGCCCUCUGUCUGCGUCACCCCAUCCACUUCACGCCACGUCGAUCCACCAGUCGAAGCGCGUAUCCCACUCCUGCUCCGAUACUUAUUUUCUUCUAAUGAUCUUUGACCGCCUAAGGAUAGUGUUAAGUAUUUACCAAACAUGGUGUGCCGCAAAUGAGUCCUUAUGAGCCACAGACCCCCGGACCGCCCACAUCACCGCCGCACCUGAGAUAUGAUACCUGCACCACCUUGUUACGGUACCCGACGAAAUAGAAAAACACUGUGCUAGUGUCUAUGCACCGCAAGGUCGCCGGUUACGUGUUCUAUUGGAGUAAUAAAAGUGUAGGAGCGAGUGUGCGGGAAAAGGUGAACAUGACACAGUGGUCUUUGAGGUGCCCCGCGGCGAUGCUCAUCCUCUCGCAAGUGAUGGCGGCGCGACGCGGGGACACCCAGUAGGAAACGCGGCCACGAGCAGCAGACUAGCAAAAUGGGCCGCUACGGCGUGGGCCACGGCGCCCUUGCCAUUAGGAGGGAGAGGAACCGCCGCCACCGCCGCUCCUCCGUGGCAGGGGACCGAGUGCAUCACCAUCACGUCCGCACCGACAACUACCAGCACUUCUACAACCGCCACCAGCAACGCAAGAGCUCGGUGGGAUCGAGCCAGAGUGCCCCAGUGAAAGGCAGCGGCGAUGGCGGCGCCGUUGGUGAACCCAGCGGGCGGAACGUGGUCAUACCGGGCCAGGUGCCGCUCAGCCCACCCACCGCCAGGGCAGAUCAUGCAGGUGGGACAGCCCGGCCCUCCCGUGAGUGGUGGCCGGGUCCCCCCUUCCGGCAGGGAGGUGUGGUGGUGCGCCAACAACAACAGCAGCAGGAGGAGGAGGAGGAGGAGGAGAGCGGCGGCGGCGGCAAGAAUGGCUUCUUUUCUGACGUGGCGGGGCUGUUCGCCGGCAUGAAUACUUGGAACAAUAUCCAAACACGUCUGUGGUCCAAGGGCAAGGGAGCUGCCCAGCCAGAGGCAAAUGGUGAUGCUGGAACGACCAAAGCCAACCAUCAGGUGUCCUUUGCGGAUGAGCUACCCAACGGGAAGAACGCUUGGGGAGGGAAAAACGGCGAGACCAAACGGGCGUCGGACGCUCAGAAAAGAUGGAUGAACAAAAACAAAGUCGGGGAUUCUGGCGGUGGGAGCCUGGAGAAACGGCCCGACGGCAAAUACCGCCAGACCGGGGUCGUCAACAUCGUCCUGUACGUCGGUCUUGGUCUCAUCUCCUUAGGACUCAUCAUCACCUUCGUCGGGAUGGGCGAGCACGGCUUCAAGUCCCCGGAGCUGCGCCUCAUCGGGCCCAGCCUCAUCGGGUGCGGCUUCCUCUUCUGCCUCCUGCGCCUCUUCUUCUGCUCCACGCCCGCCUGCUGCGCCAUCUGCUGCGGCAAAACCAAACCCUUGGAUGAAAAGUCCCUACUCUCGCCGUCACGUGAGACCCUGGCUGAAGAGUCCGGUGAGUCCCAGCAGCAAGCUCAGCGGCAGCAACAGGAGCAGGAGGCGCAGGACAGCGAGAGCGAUGUGCCACAGCGGCUUGAAACCCACGAGGAGAACGACCACCAAGAGGCGCUAAGGAUCACCUCAAAGUCUGCGCGUCGGGUCCAGUCGACCAUCCCCAACCUUAUCGAGGACGAGUUCGACGACGACGCGGAGCUGGGCCUACAUGUCGAGUACAUGGACGAGGUGAGCCGCACACUCAGCGCCAAGCAGCAGGGCGGCGGCUCCGUCAGCAGCUCCAGGGCGGCCUCGGCACAAAGCCAGAGCUCCGUGGCGUCCAAGGUUCCCUGCCUGCCGGACAUCCACACCGCCGGCCAAAAAGACCCCGAGAUCGUUCUGAACCCCGCCACGCUGGAGGGCGGCGUCGACUGAGGCGGCGGCCCCAGCACGGACACGAUGAGGGGACAAUACAAUACUCUUUAUAGCUUUUUGUAUACCUCUCUUUCAUUCGCUUCUCGUGUGAAGGUCAAAUCAGAUCAGUGGACAGUAUUUAUGCUGGUUUGAACGAUCGAGAGAAGGGACACAUUUUAUAGAAAAGUACAAUCAAACGGUGAUACUGUGUGGGCGAGUAUUGUAUUAUAGUGAGACUGACCGAUGGCAACGCAAAGCUGGGAGGAGGAGGAACCGCGCUGUCUUCUCAGGAUCCGCUGUGUGACGAUUCGAACUCUUUGCCAAGUCGACCACUCCCCCUCCCCCUCCCUCCUACUGCAGCUAAAUCGUGCACCUCAGAGCCCGGUGACCCCCUUCCCUUCGUGUGGGCAACUCAAAACAGUAACGUGCAAGAUGAAUAACACAACACAAAAUUUCCAAGUGAAAAUUAAGGUACACGAGAACAUACGAAAUGACCAGCUGACCUCCUGUGGUGUUGGCGGACUGGCACCACUGAAAAAAAAAAUACCCCCACCGACCACCACCAAGGCCAUCACCCACUCAUCACUCCAGGGAAAUGGCGUCCCAGCAGGCUCUGGGAUAUGGGCAAGGCAAGAUGGCAACUGUGAUAACUCUCGCGUAUUGCCCUAACCCUUCAGGCCAGUUCGCAGACACCAUUCGGCCAGUAACACCACUUGGCUUGAGAACAACUACUCCAUACCUGUUUCUCCUUGCAACUUCUCCAAGAUAACAUCCACUUCAUGACCUCGACCGCGGAAGUAACACCCACAGACUCUUUUUGUCCUCCUGCUAACAGAUCAUCUUCAUCCAUGGCAGGCAGUGCAUUAAUGUGAAGCCUCGUAACACCACCAGAGUUUCGUAAAUAAAACAAAAACAGACCAUAGAGCAAAACACCCCGUCGUUAAUGCUGACCAGUGCAACAAGACAACACACGAUACGAAGUGAAUGUAGGAUUAAACCGCAAUCAUGUACAGUCGUUGAGUGGGGUAUGUCACCAAGGUAAGUCAACGUAACUGCUCUAGAGAGUGGCGCGUAGGUUCAUAGGCACAUAACGUCUGCCGGUGAGCCAACUGCACUGUGCAAGCCAAUGGAAUCAGUGCCUUUCAGGGGCUAAAAGAUCACCCGGCCUCUAAGCACGAACAUAUACCAUGCCUUGAGCCUCGAUACAAAACACACUUCCAAUUCCUGACUAAUAAGAGUGAUAUUUUAGGUUUCUAGACAAAAAAAGUUAGAUACAACUUUGCAAGGCUCCAAAUACUGAAAACUAGCAUCACGUAAUAAGGCUAAACAUCAUAAAAAGCAAACUAUCAAUGCUCAUUAAGAGUACAGAUUAACAGCAGGUAUUCAGCAUCCACGGGUUCAAGUGAAUGAAAUUAAUGCCUGCAAAUUCACAAAUACGAAAUCAAAAAGUAUUGUUAUCUAUCUAUUUCUCUCUAUUUCUCUCUAUCUACCUAUCUGUCUGUAAUGAAGUGGAUUGUUCUCUUCCAUACACUGAAUUGGAGAUGGUUUUAAAUUGUUCCUUUGAAGGGAAAUUGUAAGUGAAGAUGUGGUGUCAACACGAAGCCAAAUUAUGAGAGAGAGAGAGAGAGAGAGAGAGAGAGAGAGAGAGAGAGAGAGAGAGAGAGAGAGAGAGAGAGAGAGAGAGAGAGAGAGAGAGAGAGAGAUUUUUUAUUAUUUCGUCGUGCAUUUUUUUUUUUCUGUGGGGCUUACCGUAUGACAUCGUUUUUGUUUAAGUGAAGUAAAACGCUCAUUUGGUUUUGUCGAAUUAAAAGUCUACUAUACUUCGUUGUAUGGACCGAAGCGUCGUGUAAGGUUAGUGGUCCCUAGCUUUCCAAACCAAACCAAAUCAAGCCAAACCAAACUUAACCAAACCGAACUUAAACCUUGCCUAACCUAACCUAACCUAUCCUCACCUCACCUCUCUUUUCCUUUAUCUGACCAUUUUUAUUUGAAGCCAACAGUUUAUCUUGCUCCCCUUCCCAACCUGAUGCUGUGUACAUGAUUGAACGUGUGUGUGUGUGUGUGUGUGUGUGUGUGUGUGUGUGUGUGUGUGUGUGUGUGUGUGAAUCUCUCUCUCUCUCUCUCUCCCGGUUGACACGAAGGACUCCAACACUAGGUUAAUACCCUCUCCCCGACGAGCGAUGAGGCUGAUGUAUGUUUGUGAAUAUGUAUACCGUGCUGUAUUUCCCACGUUUUCUCUUUUUAUGUAUACAAUAAUAUAUUAAUGUUAGACUGCCCUUGACUUAAAAGCUGUUUCUAUAAAGUAUUGAAACUUCUUUGUAAGUUCAGGAACUCCUGAUUUGGCGGCAAGAAAGAUGAAGUAUUAUCUUGCAUGAUGAGAUGUCAGUUGGAUAUUCUUGGCAUGCAUGUUCACCGUCAUCUCUAGUGAUAUUACUGUAAAUAUGGUUAUAAUAUACUCAGGCGCAACCCCUAUAUGGAGUGCACAUGCAUAACUAAAUACAUGUUUCCUACCAUCAUGAAUCAAGGACGAAUCAACUGUAAAAGCAAAAAGGAGCAAUAACGACCCUGUUACACUAAGUAUUCAUCAUUCAGUAUUUUUUGCAGGUCCGUUUCACGUGUCGUCGAACUUUCAAAUCGUUUAUCUUAAUUCAAAAUCUCGAAUAACAUGUGGUAUUAUUACUAAGUAUUGUCAAUGCUGAUCCGAGGAGUGAUGCUGCCACGGAAUUCUUUUUAGCUGUUUCGACCCAUAACAGUUUCAUUUCCAUUCUGUUCUCGCCACUCUCAAGAGAAUCCGUCAUCUCUCAGUAAACCUCAAACUUUAACGGUCACACAUUCAGAGUUGUAAUUUGUCAUGCUGGGCUAAUAUUGGUCAUUUUAACGUUUCCUUUCACUCUUCUUUAUUUUUUUCUUAUCUCGCAUGGUUACUUGGGCAUUCAAAGUUCCCAAUGUUUUUUUUAUUAUUAUUAAAACAUUUGUGUGCGUUAGUCUCAUCUCUUCUAGUGAAAAAAAUUACUCCCCUAUUUCCUAUUUUACCUUUUCUAUUAUUGCAAUCAUUCUGAUUAGUUUCAUAAAUUAAUAUUAUCUUUCAAUUCUUCAGUAAUACCUUUUUUCUCUCCUUCAUUUUGACUAUCGCACAAAAAAUAUUCAACAAAUGUUUAUUUUUCCCUGUUUUUACUUUUAUAUCUUUCUCCUCAUUCUAACACUACGUUGAUACUUCCUACUCAUUUUCUUUUUGCUGUCACAAUCAGCUGUCUCCAGUCUGUGCCUUUCAGUGCCUAGUAAGGCAGUGGUGCAACAAAUUCCGCUGCUGCUGCACAGCUGCUCCCUCUCCGUACAGCACAGUGCAAGCCUUGGACAUGCCUAAUAAAAGCUGAACUGACCUGAGUUAACUGUCUACUCACACUUUCCCUCUCCGGCCCUAUCUCUUUACUUUCAGUCCCUCAUCCACAUACUUUUAGUCUCAUUCUGUACUAGUAAUUUUCAGUAACACAAAUGGAAGCCACUAUCACGAUCAAAAAUUUGAAUCAUUAUAUUUCUCAUCUUGAAUGAAAAAUGUAUUUUUCACUGAAAUGACACACAGCAUCAUAAUUAUAUGGUAAGAACCAACCACUUUAAUUAUAUUUUGUUACCUGAUAAUACAUGCGCUUCACUGAACUCGUUAUUUUGCUCCACAAAUGCCAAAACAUUCAUUCUCUUAACAGGCCUUGCCGAGACUCAGUAUUACGUAAAGGUGAGCUGGCCUGACUCACCACUACUGGCAGUUUUCUGCCAACCUUCAGAUCGUGAGGGUGGCAGGAGCGGCCAGGAACAGGGACAAAGUAUUCCCUUGUCAGUUUAUAGGAAAAGAAAAAAUCUUUAGUUUUUUUUAUCAAUCUCCAUUUAAAAUCCAAUCCCUUAGAUGAUUAAUAUUCAAAAUUAAAUUCACGAUAACAUUUUGUUUCCAAGCAAGCUGUUGAUAAGGUUGGCAGCCACUCAGUAUUGCAAUGUUGUCCUCGUUGGUGGUGGCAGCGUUGCUGUCUGUGGCUGUCACGGACCUUCCACCACAAUACUAAUUGAUAAAUCUCGAAAUCAAAGGCAUGCUCAAUAUUCAUCAAAUUUUAUUUUGAAGUGCCAUUAUGAAGUAGUUGUAAGCCAGUUGUCAAAGAGAAUGCAUUUCUCCAUUUCAAUGAGCUAAAAAAAUCUCCGUAUGUUGUGGUUUGCCCCUUCCAAUCACGUCUGAAUGACACUUUAAUCACAUCAGCAUGAAACGUACGGCUCAGUAAUGGAACAGAUGUCACUGAACUUUAAAAACCUUUCCUAAUAAUUAUGAUCCCCAUGAUUUGUGAUAGAUAAUAUUUCCAAAACAUGAUGAAGCCACUGAAAAUGUAUCCUCCUAACCAGGCCUACUCGCCUUCUUCAUCAUGAGUGCUCACUAGUGAGCAAGUGUGCAGCAGGAAAAAAUCUGAAUAUACAUGGAUAAAUUUUGCUAGAGUUCUUGACAAGGUAAACUCGCAAUACCAGAGAAACAUUCAUGGGAAAUAUAUUGUUUUCCUAGCUGGACAUGUCCGGUUACUGUCUAAUUAUCUGAGCAAAACCACUCAUUAACGCGAUCUGAUUUUUUUUCCAUUUCUGUAAUAUACUUAAAUAUUAUACUAUGUAAAAUAUUUAGGUUUUAAAUUACGUAAAAUUUUCAUGAAGCUCAAGUGAGCUUGAUUCGUACGAAACUUCAUCCUGUAGCUCAUUUAUGCUUGUUAAGAAUUUCAUGGUAUGAUACUUUGUGGCCCAAAUCACACACCAGUUGCAAAUAACUGCGAAAGGGUACACCUGGAGGGCGAGCGCUGCCUCCAUGACGCAAGGGAAGGCGUGUGACUGAAUGAUGACGAAGCAGCACCACAGGUGUGUUACUGUGGCAUGAGUGACGUGCAGACUGUGAUGUGCGUGUGCCCGCCGGAGUAAUGCUGGAGGAAUACAAGGCACAGCUGCAUGCAUGUAUACUGGCCACAAAUUUGGAAGUAUUCUUGCAGCCCAACACAUCCAUCAGUAACACACCCUCCUCUGCCUGAUGUUUGGUGCUGCCAAGUCCAUGGAUAUGCCAUGCAACUACUUUAUGUGGUAUUUAUACAUAUGUCUGUUUCCGAAGCUGAAAUCUCAAUUACACAAGUUUCAGGAAACAUUUCCCAUACCAUCAAUAGUGUAUCACAAUAUUUGACUAACAAAAAAAUAAAUACAUAAAAAUAUGACAAAAUAAAGAUAAUCCAUUCAAA